UAGUUGAUCUGAUUCAUAUAAUAGUUGAUCUGAUUUCUCUCCUACAUGAUCAGAGUUGUCUAAAUUGUCAUUAAGUCAACUUUUUUUGUCUUUUUCUAGCAAAAUUACUAACAUACCCCGGUAUGGACACUGUUGGCCCAUACCGGGUAUGCGCUUAUACUUUCUCUUGGUUUUAAUAUGGUAUCUCCUUUGGACUUGUAAAGUGGACCAAAUCUCUCCUCCUCCUUGUUCGGUCACCCAAGCCCAUUUCGUAUUGUUUGUAAAUUUAACAAUGAUGAGCCUAUCUUAGGGAAAUAUUCAUUGCUCUAUUUUUUUCCUAUUAGGUAACUACCAAUAAUGCUAUGGGACCACUCAUGGACCUAAUGUCAACCGUCUUAUACAUUAGGUUGCGUCUAGGUAUAUUGCUCGCGGAGAUGUAUCUAUGUCCGUCCAUAUACGUCGGGUACUACCCAUACCGUCAUUAUUUUUGGUCAGCUAGGACAUUAAUAAAUAGAAGUAGGCCUAUCAAGUAUCAACAUACACAAAGUGGUUGGAAUAUGUGGUAUAUGUUCUUGGAUCUCCCCUUAUCAAUAAGACCAUCACUUCCCAACCUCACAAAGGGGUAGCUCUGGAUCAUAGUCGUUGACAAUAUUCAUCAUAUAGAAAUUCAUUUGUCUUUCACUAUUCUGGUGUACUAGAAGCAACAACUUAGUUUCUAGGAGAAUCAAUAUCUAGUUCAUCUACAAAGCUGAAAGAUGGGAACAAUUAGCAUGGACGGAUGCACAAGUGGCGUCCAACCCGAAUACGAUCGCAUGAAAGAGGUGAAGGCUUUUGAUGAUACAAAGACAGGAGUUAAAGGAUUGGUAGAUUCAGGUGCAAAAAAGCUACCUAAGAUGUUCAUUAGACCAUGUCACGAGCUCGAAGAAGAACUCAAGACACCUAGUGUUAAGCUCCAAGUUCCAGUGAUAAAUUUGGAGGGGAUUGGUAACAAAAAUGGUUACGAAGAAAUCGUCAAACAAGUCCUUGAUGCAUCAGAAAAAUGGGGAUUUUUUCAAGUUGUUAAUCAUGGAAUUUCUAUGGAAGUGCUUAAUAAUAUGUUGCAGGGGAUUCGGAUGUUUCAUGAACAAGAUGCUGAGGUAAAGAAGAAGUUUUAUACUCGUGAAAGAGGAAAACGAGUUUUGUAUUCAUCAAAUUAUGACCUCUAUUUUUCACGGUUCGCCAAUUGGAGGGAUACUUUAUCAGUUAAUAACACAAAUUCUGGUCAUCUUGAUCCAAAAGAGUUACCAGAAAUAUGCAGGGAUGUAAUGUUGGAAUACUCCAACCAAGUACUUAAUCUAAGUGAUGUUUUACUGGAGUUAAUAUCUGUAGCUCUUGGACUGAAGCCACAUUAUUUGAAAGAAACAGAAUGCACCAAAGGAUGGACCGCAGUUUUCCACUACUAUCCUGCUUGCCCUGCUCCAGAUUUGACAUUAGGAGCAAGCAAACACACUGACCCAUCAUUCCUCACUAUACUUUUGCAAGACCAAAUUGGUGGUCUUCAAGUCCUUCAUCAAAAUCAAUGGGUCGAUGUUCAGCCUAUUCCCGGAGCCCUUGUUGUUAAUAUUGGCGAUAUUCUUCAGAUAAUGUCUAAUGACAAGAUCAAGAGUGUGUACCACAGAGUGAGGGCUAAUCAAGUUGGACCAAGAGUUUCAGCAGCAUUUUUCUUUAAAGGUCUUCUAUCAUCUCCAAGAUUGUAUGGCCCAAUUAAAGAGUUGAUAUCCGAAGAUAAUCCAGCUAUAUAUCGCGAGUUCACUCUGAGUGCAUUUCAAACACAUUUCUUCUCUAGGCCCCUUGAUGAGCCUCCAUUUGAAUACUACAAGUUACAAAAUCAUGGACAUGAAGAAUAGAAAGAAUAUACUUAUGGCUAUAUUUUCCCUUUUAAGUAUAUGCAAUACUUUUUUC